AUGGGAGAGUAUGUGAGAAAAAUUCCAUACUAUAACAACUAUGAGGAAAAAAAAGACCUCUUGAAAUUUACAUUUCUACAUGAUAAAAAGGAUGAUGAAAAAAGAGAAAUAAAUAAAAAUGACGAAGUUCAAUUUAUAAUAAAAAAGAGGGAGAAUAUGAAGGAUAUACUAACGCACCUUCCUCAUAUGAAUACAAGAACACAAGGCGAUAUUCUAAAUGAAAGAAAAAAUAAGUUGAAAGAAGAUAUGUCUACUAAUUUUAACACCUAUGAAAAAAGGUUCCCAUUUCUUAUUGAUUCGGUUGUAAAAAAUCCUGAACAAACAAGAGACAUGAAAGAUGUGCUAAAUAAUAAAUACGUUGAUGACAAUACAAUAAAAUAUAGAAUAUCUCAAAAUGUUGUAACUAAAACGAUGUUGCUAGAAGAGAGGAAAAAAAACUACAAGGAUGAAUUGAGAGGACAUAAUAUAGAAGAUAAUGAAAAAACGAUUAAUUAUGAGGAUAUAUAUUUGGACCCUGAAAAAAAUUACACCGAUAUUGUAAAAAAUAAGAAUAAGUUACUGACCCUCAAAAAUUAUGGUCUCGGGCAGGGACCAUCAAAUUUUGUAUUUUCAUACCCCGACAUUAAAGCUAAAGGGAGAGGGGGGUACGCUAGCGAAAUAGUUAAAUCAAAUAUUCUUAAAAAUAAAAACGAAUAUUCUAAAAAUAAGAUACAGCUAAAUAUUCAGAAUCUACAAGAUAAAGAUAUAUAUUCAAAUAGGGAGGAGAAAAUUUUUUUAAUGAAAAAUAGAUUUAAAUAUAUUAAUCACACAAAGAAUAGUUACUUCGUGGACAAUUAUCUAAAGGAACGACCAAUUAUUAUAUUGAGAUAUAAGGGAUUUCAAAAAAAAGAUAAAAAAAAUGUGAAUAUAUAA